GCCUUCAAGAUCCAACUACAUAAGAAGACAGAGUUGGGCUCAAAGUUACCAUCCUCUUCCUUGUAUUUAUUUCAUCUCUGCAUCUGCCAUCCUCCCAAGGUCCCAAGACAAUGCCGUCAAAGUCCAUAGUCUUUCGGAGUCUAAGUGGUAUGAGAGCCUCUCCACAAAAAGCCCACAGUGUGUAUGGUGGUGGUUUUGGAGGAAGCACUCGCAUCUCUUCCUCCUCUAUGCAUUCCAGAAUUGGAGGAGGUGGGGGAUACGGUGGUUAUGGUGGAGGAUAUGGUGGAGGAUUCGGUGCAGGCAUUAUGCCAGGAGGCUGCUAUGGAGGGGAUGGUGACUACAUCCAGCUGAAUGAGAAGGCCACCAUGCAGAACCUGAAUGACCGUCUGGCUGCUUUCCUACAGAAAGUGCGCUCUCUGGAGGCUGCCAAUGCCAAUCUAGAAAAGCUGAUUCGCGAGUACUAUGAGAAGAAGGGGCCGGCUGCACCGAGGGACUAUAGUGCCUACUGGAACAACAUCAAGGACUUGAAGGAAAAGAUUAAAACUGCUACCAUCAACAAUGCCAACAUCCUCCUGCAGAUCGACAACUCUAGGUUGGCCGCUGAUGACUUCAGGAUAAAAUAUGAGCAUGAGUUAGCUAUGCGGCAGUGUGUGGAGGCUGACAUUGCUAACCUGCAUCGCUUGCUGGACCAGACAAAACUGAAAAAGAGCGACCUGGAGAUGCAGAUCAAAGGCCUGAAGGAUGAACUGGAAUUUAUGAAAAAGAACCACAAGGAGGAGUUGGCAGCACUGAGGUCUCAGCUGACAGGCACAGUGAAUGUGGAGGUGGACGCUGCUCCUCAGCAAGACCUCAACAAGGUUUUGGAGGAAAUACGUGCUCAUUAUGAGGUCAUCAUAGAGAAACACCGCAAAGAACAGGGAGCCUGGUUUAAUGAAAAGACAGCACAAUUAAGCAAAGAGGUGGUCAUCAGGACAGAGACCAUACAAACCUCAAAGUCACAGAUUACAGAUCUGCGAAAGACUUUGCAAAGGCUGGAGAUUGAGCUACAGUCUCAACUCAGCAUGAAAGCGUCACUGGAGAGCUCACUGGCAGACACAAAGGCUAGACACAGUGCUAUGCUAGCAGGCUUCCAGAAGCACAUCAACAUGCUGGAAGCAGAGCUGCGUCAGUUGCGGGCUAGCAUUGAACAACAGGGUCUAGACUAUGCAGCACUGCUGGACAUCAAGAGCCGUCUGGAGCAGGAGAUCGCCACCUACAGAAGCCUCCUGGAAAAUCAGGACAUUAAGACUCAAGUGCAAGGUGGAUCUCAAAAUGUCCCCUCAGGUGGAUCUUCAAGUGUCUCCUCAGGUGGAUCUAAAAAUGUCCCUGCUGGUGGACCAGCAAUCCCGAUAAAGCAGACCACCAACACCACCACCACACAUCGUACCUACUAUUAACUAAAGCCAGAGCAGCCUGCUUUUCUGAGACAAUAUCCAAAAACAAACACACAUUUUAUCACGUUUUAAGUGACACAUAUUAACACGUCACUUGUGGUAUUGCGAACAAGGAAACCAUUUUUUCGAAAAGAAAACUUGAUUAAACUUUGUGUUUUGAGAAAAGCCUGCCUCUGAAAAUAAAACUGUAAAAAAAAAAAAAAA